AUGAAUUAAUUAUAAAUCUCAACUUAAGAAAUUAGCAAAUACAAAGACACGAUUACUUAAUUUCUAAAAGACAAUACUCUCUACGAUUGUUUGGCUCAUCACAAUUAGCUGAUUGUAUUGGAUUAGACGUUCACUUGUUGGGAAGUAUUUUAGAUUUUUGUUGAGGAGAACUUGGAAGAAACGUUGUUUUGGAGUUCAGACAUUUCCAAUUAUGAUGGAGUAUUCACGCACUCAGAUUUGAUAAAGGUGCUGUUGAAAUUAUACGAAAAUGCAUUUAACAAUAAAUCUUCAUUAUAACAGUCUGGCCCCUUAUUCAAUGUAAUUGAGGAGGAAAGCGAAGACCAGGAAGAAAGCACCUAGAAGAGUCAGUCUCAGAAAUAGUAGCCGAGGGAAUUGAACGACGAUUAAAAACUAAGAUUAAUUUAUGAGAUGAAAACUAUUUCCAUCAGACAAUGGAAUCGCAUAUUGAAGGACGAUUUGGAAUCUCAAAUUGGAUUUGUUCAGGGGAGAAAUGAUGAAAGAUUAUAUGAUGCUUGUGUGAAGAUAGUGAAGUCUGGGACCAGUCGACUUUUCGUCGUUGAUCCAGAAACACUGAUGUUUCAAGGAGUGAUUCAUUAAAAGGACAUAUUGUCAUUUUUAAUCAAGGGCUUUACUCAAUAUUUAGGGACGAUCCUAAAAUAACAAAAUAAUAUUCUAUCUUAACAUUAAGUCAGCAUCAAAGUGUUUUUCUCUAAUUACAAUCGACAAAAGGAAAUUGUAACUUGUAAGGAGAAUGAAACUGUCUAUUAAGUAUUUUAUACUAUGAUGCACAAUCAUAAGUCUUAUAUCAUCCCGAUCGUUAACAACAAUGAGGAGUAUGUGGGAUAAAUCAACAGAAGAGACAUCAUCUUGAUAAUCAAAAACGGUUUAUUUGAGUUGUUUUCCUAGACAGCUUCCUAAUUGUUAGUUUUCUUGCAAACUGAAAAAGCAAGAAUACCAGCCUAUUAAUACUAUUCUAAACAAUUCUUUAGUAUGGAUUAAACCAUAAAAGAAGUUGUUGAAAAUCUGGUUUUAUCAGAUAGCUCAGCUUUGAUAUGUUUGUCUUCAAACAGAUAAAUUCAAGCCAUAAUUACAAUUUCAGACAUUCUGAGAUUCAUAUUAAAAGAUGUAUAUUGA